AGGUUUAGAAACCCAGAGUUGGUGGCAAAGACUCAAUUCCUUUCUUGUAGGAAAGAAUUCAGACAAUCAUAUCCCCGUGGAGAUUUCUUCUUUCUGACUACAAAAGAUCAGGAUGACAUGUCUGAAGAAGAACUCAAUUACCACGGAAUGUGCGUCUUGAAAUAUAUAAGAACUGGUGAAGUAAAUAACUGGAGAGGAUUAACUAUUGGAAACGAAGAAAUAAGACGCUGGCGAACAGAGGAAGGAAAAAGAGAACCUCUUCCUGGGAAAUCCAAACUCUAUCGGAAACAGAGAAUAAGGUUUCCUGCUAAGAGCCGGAGGGAAAUGUAUGCUAAACCUUUAUCUAAGAAAGAGAGGGAAAUUAGGGAUCAAAGAUUCCAAGAGCAAGGAUAUCAGAAGGUACUCCACCCAUCUCUGAGGAAAGGAGAAGAAAUUCAACCUCCAGUUUCUCCAGUAAAGGAGGUGGAGAAGUGUUUUUUAAUUCAAAUGGAGAGAAAGGUGUGGGGAGACCCCACAACCUUUAAUUGGUCAAUAAAACUGUAAUUGUCCAUUUGGUGCAGUCCAGGGAAGGUUUAUGGAUGAACUAGUUCUCCUGUAUCUAAUGGAUAUAUUACUAGUCCUCCUAUAUCUACAGGAUAUGUUACUGGUUCUUCUGUAUCUAUAGGAUAUUUUACUGGUUCUCCUAUAUCUACAGGAUAUGUUAAUACUUCUCCAGUAUCUACAGGAUAUCUUACUGGUUCUCCUAUAUCUACAGAAUAUGUAACUGGUUCUCCUGUAUCUACAGGAUAUGUUAACCAGUUCUCCUAGUUCGACAGGAUAUGUUACUAAUUCUUUAAUGCAAAAACAUCCGAAUUGGCCCCUAUGGGUACAAAAUUAUUUGAGAAACCAAAAGAAAACAGUAUUUAAUUUUGUGAACUUGUACAAUUAAAGUACGAUAUAUUUAAACAGCUUAAUAAAGAAAACUAUGUGCAAUUAAUGUGUGCCGUGUUGUGUAUCUGAAAUAUGUCAAUAAUACAAAUGAAAAUC